AAGAAGAGGAGCAGGACCGGAAAUGCACUGACAGAAUGUAAAAAAGGUCAAAGCUCAUGAAGAAAUGGACGCAGCUUGAAAACAACAGAGUAGCUCAACGAUGAAUGCGUCACGUCCCCCGAAUCCCUGCCAUAGGCCUCACUUCUGACAUCUGAUGACCUGGAAUCAACUCACAGCUGAACCAUGGUCAUUCUGCAGCAGGGAGAUUAUGUGUGGCUGGACCUGAAAACUGGUCGAGAGUUUGACGUUCCAGUGGGCGCGGUGGUCAAACGGUGUGACUCCGGACAGACCCAGGUCCUGGAUGAUGAAGGCCAUGAACACUGGAUAUUUCCUCAGAGCGCCACCAACAUCAAACCCAUGCACCCGACCUCCAUUCAUGGCGUGGAGGACAUGAUCCGUCUAGGCGACCUCAACGAGGCCGGAAUUCUCCGCAACCUGUUCAUCCGCUACAAAGAGCAUGUCAUUUACAAUAUACCAGAAAUUCAGGGUAGAAACAAGUUCUAA